CUUAGCAGAAGCAUUGAUCGAAGCAAGCAAUGGAGACAAAUCUUGUUCUCUUGAUUUUCGUUCUCCUUUUCUCUCCAUUUUCUUGUGCCAAUGCAACUCUGAUCCUUGAUGAUCUUAACCUUUUUUCUAAUGCCAAUCUCCCCUCUGUGCAAGCAGAGAAGCUAAUUCGACAGCUCAAUCUCCUCCCUAAGGACGCCCUUGACGCUCCCAUCGCUACCCAAGCCGUCCCUCCCACCCCCAAGAUCGUCGAGAAACGCUUCAGCUUACCUAACCUUGCUGCUUCAUCUGAUGUUUCUGUCGAAGACCUCGGUCACCAUGCUGGAUAUUAUCAGCUCAAGAAUUCCUACGCUGCCAGGAUGUUCUACUUUUUCUUUGAAUCAAGAAACAGAAAGGAGGAUCCUGUUGUUAUUUGGUUGAGUGGGGGUCCAGGGUGUAGCAGUGAGUUGGCUGUUUUCUAUGAAAACGGGCCUUUCACCAUUGCAAACAAUCUGUCCCUUCAAUGGAAUGACUACGGAUGGGACAAGGUAUCAAACCUUCUAUACGUUGAUCAGCCUACUGGAACUGGUUUUAGUUAUAGUUCUGACAAGCGUGACAUUCGUCAUGAUGAAAAAGGUGUUGGCGAUGAUCUAUAUGACUUCUUGCAGGCAUUUUUUGCUGAGCAUCCUGAAUACGCGAAGAAUGACUUCUAUAUUACAGGAGAAUCAUAUGCUGGGCAUUAUAUUCCUGCUGUAGCCGCUCGAGUUCACCAAGGGAACAAAGCUAAAGAGGGGAUUCAUAUAAACCUCAAGGGAUUUGCAAUUGGAAAUGGACUUACAGAUCCUGCGAUGCAGUACCAAGCAUACCCGGAUUUCGCAUUGGACAUGGGAAUAAUUCAGGAAACUGACUACAAGAUUAUUAACAAAUUGCUUCCAGUUUGUGAAAUGGCAAUAAAGCUUUGCGGCACCGAUCGUAAAAUCCCAUGCAUGGCAUCAUAUGUUGUGUGCAACUCCAUAUUCAAUAUGAUCGUGGAGCGUGCUGGUAAUAUCAAUUACUAUGAUGUCAGAAAGAAGUGUGAGGGGAGCCUUUGCUAUGAUUUCUCAAACAUGGAGAAGUUCCUGAACCAGAAAUCUGUUAGGGAUGCUCUUGGAGUUGGGGACAUUGAAUUUGUUUCAUGUAGCCCUUCCGUUUACCAGGCCAUGAUGGUGGACUUGAUGAGGAAUCUGGAAGUUGGUAUACCUGCUCUUCUGGAGGAUGGAAUCAAGUUGCUGAUAUAUGCCGGGGAGUAUGAUCUCAUAUGCAAUUGGCUUGGGAACUCAAGAUGGGUUCAUGCAAUGGAAUGGUCUGGUCAGAAAGAGUUUGGCGCAGCCUCAACUGUCCCUUUCAUGGUUGAUGGUGGAGAAGCAGGACAAAUGAAAAGCCAUGGGCCUCUCACUUUCCUCAAGGUCCAUGAUUCUGGUCACAUGGUCCCAAUGGAUCAGCCCAAGGCUGCCUUGGAGAUGCUGAAGAGAUGGACUCAAGGGCAGCUUGCAGAACAAGGUCAGGUGGCUGAGAUAUGAUAGCUCAGCUAUGCUAUCCAUCUUCUGUGAUAUUUGUUAUCCAUUUAGAGUUUCCCUCACUUUCUAGCUCUCUUCUGGAGGUGCUUGUGAAUAUUUUCCCGAACUCUGGAUCUCUUGCUUGAAAUCGUUUAAAGAGACUCCAUACACAUUAUUAAAAUAUGUUUGGAUUUA